UACUAAAAUAAAUCGAUAAAAUUGGUGGGGAAUCCCCUAAAAUUUUUUGACUCAUUUAGUUCGUGUCUCAAUUUGGGCUAUAAUUUUCAAAAUUAAAAAGUUUUUAAAAUUCUAAAACCGAUGGAUGGCUUCAAUAUCAUCAUACUAUUUUACCUUUUUUUAAUCUGCUCGCUGGCGUGGAAAGUGCAGGGCGAUUGUCGUAUAACCCAGUAUAUGGUGGAGCAAUCGAAUCGCAUCUUCACCUAUCGCGAUGCCAGCGGAUCCCUCCAUCUGCAGCGUAAGGAAACUGUUCCAUCUGGUGUCACUCUAUGCAUGUACUGUAAUCCCACGGAUGUGGUGGAAACCCUAUGCCAGGACAAUGGACAGUUUUCAGUUUCGCUCCCCAUGAGAUGUUACAAUCCAAUGAAACCGAUGGCAACGCGGAUUCGGGAUAGCGAAUGUUCGGGUAGCUUAUAUGCUGUGGGUUAUACGAUAGACGGCAAGAACCUAGAGCUAUAUCGCACCUGCUUUGAUGCCGGUCAAGGAAGGGUCUUGUACUCCCAGAGUGAUGUCUAUUACAAGACCUUUUUUCCAAGGAGGCCCUUCGUGGAAUUUGUGGCUGAUGAGAUGUUCAGCCCCCAGGAGGCCGCCGCUUAUAUGAAAUCCAACAUAUACUUCGCUUUCAAAUGCAUUUACGGGGAUGGCCAGUCCUACUUGCCAAAUCCCCGCUCCCUGGUGAUCAACCGAGGGCAUCUGGUGGCUUCGGCGGACUUUCUUUUUGCGGAUCAGAUGGGCAGUACCUUUCGCUAUCUGAAUGUGGUGCCGCAAUUCAAGUCGAUUAACGAUGGUAACUGGGAGAAAAUCGAGAGAUGGGUGCGAAGUCAGAUUCCGGGGUCAAGCUAUUUCCGGAUCAAGUCCGGCGGAAUUGGUAUCCUGACAUUGCCGGAUGCCAGGGGCUUCCUUCAGUCGGCCUUCCUUGCCGGCUCCAAGAUUCCAGUGCCCGAGUGGACCUACAAGGUGGUGCGGGAUGCCAGUGGUAAUGGGCUUUACGUCUUCCUCACCUAUAAUAAUACCUUCCGGAGAGAGAUGCCACCAUGUCUAGAUAUUUGCCAUCCACUUAAUUGCCCCUUGGGUCUGCCUAAUAAUCCUGUUGAGGGAUUCACCUUCUGUUGCGAUCCCAAGCACUUUCCUCUCUAGGAAGGAAAACAUUUAUGCAUAUUUCAUCAGAGGACUAUGCCAAAUUGUCCUGCGUAAUAAUCGCCGGCUGAAUAAUUUAGUAUUUUUAUUUAACAGACGCACAUGAGCAGAAAAUGGCGAAAGUCCUUUGCCAAGGGACAUGCACUGCAAAA